AUGGGCGCCGCGUGUGGCCAGCAAGUCCUGUCCAACCAAGGCUCCGACAAGUACGGCAACAUCCAAGGCGAGCUCCAAGUUGCCGCCAGCCAGAGUGAUUACAACGCCGCCGAGUGCGACAUCUGGCUUUGCAAGGGCUACAAGUUCGCCGAUAACAAGGACAACGUCCAGUCUUACACGGCAGGACAGAAGGUCCCCUUCACCGUCGACAUCCGCGCCCCCCACACCGGUGUCGCCAACGUCUCCGUCGUCGCCACUUCUUCCAACAAGGUCAUUGGCGCCCCUCUGAUCUCCUGGGAUGUCUAUGCAUCCACCGCCACCGGCGUCAAGGCCGAUGAGACCAGCUUCAGUGUCACCAUCCCCGAUGGUCUUGGAAGCCAGUGUGCUACCGCCGGUGACUGUGUGUUGCAGUGGUACUGGUACGCCGAAUCCAUCGAUCAGACCUACGAGUCGUGUAUCGAUUUCACUGUCGGUGGAUCCGGCUCUGGUUCCGCUGCCUCGUCGGCCUCGUCCGCCGCGUCGACCUCCAGCGCGACGGAGAUCGCUGUGACUAGCACCCCCUCUGCCGCUGUUCAAACCCCUACCACCUCCGCUGCUGAGUCUACCACUGCCCCCACCACCGCUGCCGCUGAGCCUACUUCCUCCACCACGGUUGCUGCUCAGCCUACCACUUUCGCUACCACUGCCCGUCCAUCGGCUACUUCUGCCGCGGCGCAAGUCCCUACCUCCAGCGCUGAGCCCUCCGCUAGCGCAUCGGCCCUGCCUUUCUCCACUGGCAGUGCUUCAGAUGUCCUGUCCUGGCUCGAGGCCUUGCUCACCAACCUGGUGGGUAACUAA